AUGGCCACUGGCGCGUUGCUCCGAGUUAUCAAGAAACGCGCCGUUUCGUGCCCAGCAUUCCCCGGCCACUCCAUUUUUCGACACGGUAGCACGCUCGUUGUGGCGGAACACGAAGGUGGCGUUAUCAAACCCCCUUCUCUCUCUGCACUUGCCGCUGCCACGUGUCUUCCCGACCCUGACUCUUCCGUUUCGGUGCUCUUGGCCGGGUCCGGUCCUUCACUUCAGCAAGCUGCUUCACACGCUGCUUCGUGCCACCCUUCAAUCUCCAAGGUGCUUGUGGCAGAUUCAGAUAAAUUCAAGAACCCUCUGGCAGAGCCUUGGGCUAAAUUAGUUCAUUUGGUUCAGCAGAGUGGUGGUUACUCUCACAUAUUUGCUGCUGCAAAUUCUUUUGGGAAAAAUGUCAUGCCGCGUGCAGCUGCUCUUUUAGAUGUUUCUCCAAUUACUGAUGUUACUGGAAUUUCGGAUUCCAAUACUUUUGUGAGGCCAAUAUAUGCUGGAAAUGCACUUUGUACUGUUCGAUAUACUGGGGCCAAUCCUUGUAUAUUAACAAUUAGAUCCACAUCGUUUCCUGUUCAUCAGAAAUCAGUUGACUCUAAUGAGGCUUCAAUAUCUCAGGUUGACCUUUCAACCUUUGACGCAGAUCUGGGCAAGUCUACAUAUAUAUCUCAAACUUCUCAGGAUGAGGAACGACCAGAUCUUGGGAAUGCACGGAUUGUAGUGACUGGUGGCCGAGCACUAAAGAGUGCUGAGAACUUUAAAUUGAUAGAAGAACUAGCCAAGAAACUUGGUGCUGCUGUUGGCGCCACUCGGGCUGCCGUUGAUGCAGGAUACGUUCCUAAUGAUCUCCAGGUGGGGCAAACCGGAAAGAUAGUUGCCCCUGAACUCUAUAUGGCUUUUGGUGUAUCUGGAGCUAUUCAACAUUUGGCAGGGAUGAGGGAUUCCAAAGUCAUUGUUGCUGUGAACAAUGAUGCUGAUGCUCCUAUAUUUCAGGUAGCUGACUAUGGACUUGUCGGAGAUCUGUUUGAGGUGAUACCAGAGUUACUGGAGAAGCUUCCUGAGAAAAAAUAA